AUGAAGCUCAAGAAUCUAAGCCAUAUAGACAAGGAGGGUUUGCUUCAGAUAACAGGUACACCGGAGAUCGAAGAGCUUCGCCUUUGCUUGGGAGGGCCACUGGGUAAUAAAGCACCGAGAUAUCUGGUUCGCCCAGCUGACCUCAGUCAGCUUGCGACCGUAGACGAGGUGGCAAUCAUCAAUUUUGGAGGAGCUUUCGACGCAUCUAGUCCCCCAGAUUUCAUGACUCCGCUACCCUCUUACUCUUCCCCAGAAAUACUCAACGGAAAUAGAACAAGUUUCCCAAGUGAUGUAUGGGCGCUGGGAUGUAAGAUAGCCGAGAUACGAGCCGGACAACCACUAUAUGAUGGCAGUGUUGGGUUAUUGAAGCAUAUCUUAGGACCAAUACCCCAGCAUUCGCUCUGUCUCGUGGAGGAAUACGAAGACGAAAUCGUCAGAGAAGAAAAUGCUCCAGGCCAUCAGUCGUUGGAGAAAGAUGACGAUAUUAUGCCACUGAUCAAUAAUGGUAACCCUUUAGACGACAUUGACAGGGAGAAAGCAGAACUAGUCGAGACAGGUUUCUGCACGAAUCUUCAACUUAGUCUCGCUUAUCUGACGAUACCACAGGACGAAGUCUACACGCUGGCGGAGCUACUUGAGAGAAUCUUCAAAUACGAUCCAGAAGAACGCCUGUCGCUCAACACUAUCAUUGACCAUGAGUGA